AUGACCGCUUCAGACCCUCAACAGCACAAGACUUGGCAGGAGAAAUGUUCCUGGGCCCAAAGCCGCCGCGACGAUGGCCUGUCCAAGGUUUCACCGAAGCUCGAGGGACUGCCUGACGAGUGGCCUCUCGAUGCACGGGUUGUAGCCAAGUCUGUUUUGACGCCCCGAGAGAUAGAAAUCACUGAGAAUUACGGAGUGAUGGAUCUCCUGAAAGCAAUGCGCGAGAGAACUUACACAGUAGAGGAAGUGACCCGGGCAUUCCUGAGAAGGGCUGCCCUUGCACAGGCUGCGACAAACUGCCUCACCGAGCUGCUAUGGGACGAGGCGAUUUCCCGCGCAAAGCAGCUCGACUCCCUACCCGAGCCAAAGGGUGCUUUCUUCGGCCUUCCAAUCUCUAUCAAGGAGCACCAAGGCAUGAUGAAGAUGGGCGACAAGGAAGUCGUCUCUCACGCUUCAUACGUACAUUGGAUCGGGAAGAAGCACGGCCCCAUCAUGUAUCAACAGAUACUGUGGGAGGAAGGCUGCGUUUUCUACUGCCGUACCACACAGCCGCAGACCAUCAUGCACCUCGAGACGAACAAUAACAUCUACGGCCGUACCCUUCAUCCUCACAACCGCAACUUGACCCCCGGUGGAAGCAGCGGUGGAGAGUCGGCGUUGCUUGGCUUCAGGGGGAGCAUUUUUGGAAUGGGAGGGGAUAUCGGCGGGAGUGUGCGCUGUCCCUCUGCACAUGUUGGCAUCUACGGCUUCAAGCCUACCAACAAGCGCAUCCCAGCAGCUGGCCAGAGAACUCAUAUGAUUGGCAAAGAGGCGAUUAUGUCUACUCCAGGCCCAAUGACGGUUGACCGCGACGCCAUGGAGCUCUUCAUGCAAGUGAUUCUCGCCAGAGAACCGUGGCGCCUUGAGCCGUCUCUUGACGCGCGGCCCUGGAUCCCUUUCAAAUUCUCAAAGCCUCUCAAGAUUGCCGUGCAAUGGUGGGACGGCGUCGUCAGGCCGCACCCACCUAUGACGCGUGCUCUGAAAGAAGUCAGUGAGGCUUGUCGCAAGGCAGGCAUGGAGGUAAUCGACUGGGAUCCCAAGUGUGAGGCCCUCAAGAUUCCUGAUCAUAGCAAGGGCUGGGAAAUCAUUGCCUCCCUCUACUUCCCGGAUGGUGGCCAGGAAGUACUUGGACUUUUGGAAGCUAGUGGCGAGCCUUUGCUGCCACUUACAGAGUUUAUCAUUCAUGAGCAACCCAGCGUGAAGAACCUAACGCAGGCUGAGCUUUGGGAGCGCUGUGCGGAGCGGGAUACCUACCGUGCUGAAUACGCUCGAGCAUGGACAGCAACCGCGUCACUGCCUGAUUCGGACGGGCGCGAGGCCGACGUAAUACUCUGCCCUCCUUCGUUCGGAGCUGCGACGCCUCACGACCAGUCACGGUACUGGGGGUACACUUCAAACUGGAAUCUGCUUGAUUACCCUGGCGUCGUCUUUCCUGUAACGACGGUCGACCCUCAAAAGGACCCCGUGGAUUCAACAUAUGAGCCGAAGAAUGCUGAAGACAAGUUCGUCCACGAGAUGUACGACCCUGCCAAAUACACAAACGCUCCGGUAAGCUUGCAAAUUGUAGGUCGCAGACAGCACGACGAAAAGGUUCUGGCUGCGCUGGUUGAGAUUGAAAAGGCCAUGGGCAGGAAGUAA